GCCAAUAUUAAUGUUUGUAAUUGCGCUUCAUCUAUUUUCUCAUUCAGUUGAUAUAUCGAUACUACGUUAAUUUCAUGGCAGGUUUGGACGUAUUUUCAGAACAAAAAAUUAAUAUCCUCCUUUUUAUUUUACAAUGAAGUUAAUAAGUAUGUAAUGAAAUUAGUUGUUUUUUGUAAACAUUUGACAAAUAAAAACAAAUUAAAAGAGGAAGACAUAGUUAAUACAUACUGAUAAGGGAGAGAGAAGAGAUGACUAUGAUGAUGAGAACAUAGUCACAUGUGUUAGGUCCGAAGCAAGGAGAGAAAGGCAGCUCCUGCUUCUUUGCAUGAAACCUCUUCUCUUCUCUUGCCACGACUCCUCUCCCCAUACCCUCUCACACUUCCGCCCUUCAACUUUUGUCCUCUUAUUACAAUAUUUUAUAUAAAUUUUUUAACUUAUUCUCAUGUCUGUAUCUAUACUCAAACUCCCAUAUAUAGACCAAACGCAAUAUCUUCUGCUAUCAUCUUGCACUCAUCUCUCAAACCAAAACACACACACAAAACAAGAAGAGAAAAACCAUGGACGUCGUGAUGAGACCAACGGUGGAUAUUCCACCGAGAAAGCUUCUCUUGGCUGAGUCUUCCCCUCGUUCUUCGCCGCGUAAACAUAACUGGAACAACAAGGUCAGCAACAAGAUCGCCACAUCUGAGCAUGAAGAAGACAAUGAAGACGGCAACAACAAGGAGACCAAAGAGUAUUGUUAUGAUUCCGACACAGAUGAUCCUUACGCAAGCGAACAUUUCCGUAUGUUCGAGUUCAAGAUCCGACGUUGCACACGUAGCCGGAGCCACGACUGGACUGAUUGUCCAUUCGCUCAUCCCGGAGAGAAAGCUCGCCGUCGUGAUCCUCGUCGGUUUCAAUACUCUGCUGAGGUUUGUCCCGAGUUCCGUCGUGAUGGUGAUUGUAGCCGUGGAGAGGAGUGUGAGUUUGCUCAUGGAGUCUUCGAGUGUUGGCUCCAUCCUAUUCGUUACCGUACUGAAGCUUGUAAAGACGGUAAACACUGUAAGAGAAAAGUAUGUUUCUUUGCUCAUUCGCCACGUCAGCUUAGGGUUCUUCCACCGGAAAAUGUCUCCGGCGGCGGCUCAGCCUCGGGUUCUCCGGCAGUGGCGAAGAACCCUUGUUGCAUGUUCUGCAGCAGCUCUCCGACGAGCACUCUUUUGGGUAAUUUAUCUCAUCUUUCUAGAUCUCCGUCCUUGUCCCCACCUUUGUCUCCAGCUCACAAGGCCGCUGCCUUUUCGCGGCUGAGGAACCGCGCCGCUUCUGCUGUUUCAGAAGCUGUUUCUGCUGCUGCUGCGGCAGGGUCGGUUAACUAUAAUGAUGUUUUAAACGAGCUUGUGAACUCGUUGGAUUCAAUUAAUCUAGCGGAAGCAUUGCAUGUGAGUUCCUCUUCUCCCGUUACGACGCCUGUUUCCGCGGCUGCGGCGGCGUUUGCCUCAUCCUGCGGUUUGAGCAACCAGCGUCUCCAUCUCCAGCAACAACAAAGUAGUCCUUUACAAUUUGCCCUCUCGCCUUCCACUCCAAGUUACCUAGCUACCUCGUUUUCGCCUUCAUCUCCAAGUUACCUAACCAACUCGCCUAGGGCGAACAUCUUUAGCGGUGAAAUCACUCCUCGCCAGAGACAGAAAAACGAGUUCACGGCGGUCAGGGACAAGACUAGCUUUGAGGAUGGUUCUUGUGGUGACCCUGAUCUUGGAUGGGUCAAUGAUCUCUUGACCUAAAACGGUGGAUGGUGGAUGAGAUUUGACGUUCAUUUUGGUGAUUGAUCAUGAGGAAAAUAAUCGGCCUGCAGCUGUUUGGUCAAAUAUGCAUGGAGGAGAUUGUCUUUAAAAUUUGUUUUAAAGAUUUUAUUGUUUUACAGAUUUCCACGGAAGCUAAUCAAGAAUCGUCUUUGUAUUGUCGUUUAUUUUUUAGAAUUCUCUUUCUGGUGGAUUUUUACCCAAUAAUAUGUAUAAUCUUGUAAUACUAUAUAUGUGGCUUGGGGAUUAUGUAAUGUUUCAACAUUUCUAUAUAAUAUUUUCGUUUCAAUGUA